AACCUGUCUGAAACGAGCUGUGAACGGUGACGUCUCUCAGACUUCUCUCUGCUCUCUGCCUUGUCUAUCACGGAAUCACGGCAUGCGUGAAUUUCACUGAGAGCUUCUCGACUCUGGACUGUCGCGUAAAUCGGAGUUCGGAGUAAGUCAACGAGCAAGUGGAACAAGCGACAUAAGUCAACCAAGAGUGAUCUGUCAAACGGAAAGCUGAUAGAAAUGUAGCUUGUAACGAAUUGAGCAAGCUCUUUUGUGGCUUUUUAACGUAGGAACUAGUUCGAUUUAAUAACGUUAUAAUAAAGGAACCCGUAUUCGUUCCAUGACUUCUUCACUCGAUCAUACGUUGACAGAAGAUGACAGUAUUAGAAACGGAGGAAGAAGCAGAUAAACGCUCGGUUCCUCCCAGAAAGAAGUUCUGUUUGUCCCUGUCAGGUCGCAGACGUGCGAUUCCCAUCGUCGUCUCGCAGCCCCCUCAUACAUCUACAAGAGGGGGCGUUCUGGAUACAUCAAAUUAUUUACUCAGUACAAGCAAAAUGUUGAAUGGCUACCGAAAUCAGCUGAGCAAUCAUCAGGAUGGAAGUUACGAUAUGACCAGUGGUAGUACAGAAGGAUUUAGGAUAGCCACUUUGUGUAAUCUAGGAAAUACCUGCUUCCUUAAUAGUGUACUAUAUACUUUACGAUUUGCACCUUCCUUCCUACAUAAUUUACAUCAUUUAGCCACUGAUUUGUCUAACCUAAAUGAUAAGCAACUUCAAACUAAAGCUAAAUCCUCCUCAUUAGGUAGAACUGGUGUAUCACUAACAUCGAGCAGUAGUCGUAGCUGGAGCAGUAAAGAUUUAUUAGCAUUGGCUGGACCAACAGUGGAAGCCAAUAAACCACACAUUCAAAUAGCCACUGAAAAGUUGCACGAACUCUUCAUGGCAUUGCGAGCAUCAGAAAUAAGAGAAAAUAAUGAACCAUAUCAACCGGAUGCCUUUUUACAAGCUCUUAGAGAGGUAAAUCCAAUAUUCGAAGGAAAUCAACAACAAGAUGCUCAUGAACUUUUGGUCUGCUUACUUGAUAACAUCAGAGAAACUUUCCAACUGUUGGUCAGACACAGAGAAAGUCAAUUUGGUCAGAGCAACGGUGGUCUUUCCGAUUUCAUCGCAGAUCAUUCAUCGGCGGAUGUGCAAUCGGAAAGCAGUGGUUCCGGGAAGAGGAGUAUUCGUAAAAGAAAAAAGAAGAAAUUCCCGAGUAGAGGAAGCUCGGUAUGUCUCGUGCAGCCAAACGCAAACGGUAUCGCGUCAUCUGCAAGAUUAUAUGAGAACGGUCAUGCGGAAUUCGCCGAGAAUAACGGUGAGAUAGGGACACGCAAACCAGAAAGCAAAAAGUGCUUUAUCUCAGAAGACUUUGAAGGGGUCAGCCUAUUGCGUACAACGUGUCUCGAGUGCGAACAUGUGACAGAACGUAAGGAAACGUUCUGCGACAUAUGCGUACCCAUCGACAUUGAUCGUUCGAACGAGGAAGAUGAUGACGGUCGAUCGGUAAAUAGCAGCGAAGUGUACAAACGCGCCGUGGUAACUAGCGAAUUGCUUUGGGGUACGGAGAAGUAUUGGUGCGCACGUUGCCUACGAUAUAAUGAAGCUCGUAGAGCUGUGUGUUUUCCUUCUUUACCAAGACUUCUCAUCUUGCAGUUGAAGAGAUUUUCUACUGCCGCUGGUUCAAUGGAGAAGAUCAAUAAUCACAUGCCAACACCGCUUACCUUGCAAUGUUUUUGCGAGGAGUGCAGCACCGAUCAGACCCGCGGAACCACAGCUGGUGGUGGAACAGAGACGCGGCACGUAUACAAAUUAUAUUCUGUCAUAAUGCACCAGGGUGCAACGAUGACCGCCGGCCAUUAUGUCGCUUACGCACGUUUACCGGAUGAGACCGCACAUGCCGAGUACUUUGACUGCGAUCGUGAUAAUAAGCGGCAGAACUCGGGCCAUGGUAGCGUUACGAGUGCGAAUUCAUCGUCGUCAUCAUCCUCCUCUUCCUCUGACAAAGCAUCAGGUAUACUUAAAUACUUCAGGAGCAAACCCAGCGCGAGCGAGAAUAAGGAGCAACCGGUGAAUAGAAUCGGGUGUCGAAGCAUGGAUUGCUGCGGUAUCAAGCGCAACAAGCAAGGCGUUACUUGGUUGGAGUGUGACGACGAAGCGGUGCACGUGAUCCCAUUGCGAGAGCUCGAGGAUAAAUUAGCACCCAAUCCACGAAAUUCCGCCACUCCCUAUCUCCUGUUUUAUGUAAGGUCGACGACAUAAGCUAACAUACUUUGUUUUCUCCCGCAUUGGAAGUGUAUCAAAAUGUCUCCGGUUAGAAGCGAAGCAACAGCGAGCAGUACGAUGAUAAAAUGGGCCUCGUUCUCACAUUAUUUCCCCUUUUCUCCCUUCGCCUUCUCUAACGACCGUGCUGUGAUGUAUCGCACAUUCCAAAUCUGAAUCCUUCCCGUGUACGUGCCGCAUUACGCGCUUUAGAUACAUGAACGUGUAUAAUUUCGUAAGGGAUAAAAUUGUUCGCCAAACAUAUUAUGUUAAGUUUUCAGCGAUCGGACGGUAUACAAGAAAUCGAUAUGUAUACAUGUAAUGAAGUAUCAACAUAACGAAUUAUGGAGCGAGUGACCGCGUGUAGACUAUUUUAGCUUUAGUUGGGACGUGGAACGUUUUAUUAUUGAGUUAAUUGUAAAAUAAUAAAAAAUUAUGUAUUCUUGA